UCUCGUGUCACGAGACCCCCUUCCUCCACUGACCUGGCUUUCUCCUUUUCCUUUUCUUAAUUUAUACAAAAAGCAAUAUAUAAUUGCAUCAAUCACUCCUUCUUCUUCUGUCCUGCCAGCGCAAGACUAUCCAAGUAUCUUUCAUCCUCCUCCUCUUCUUCCUCCCCCAAUUUUCCCUCUCUCUGUUUUUUUCUUCUGCUUUGCUUGACCAAACCCAUCUCACAUUAUUCGUAUUCCCUCUUAAAUUAACCAUCUUUUCCCUCUAAUUGUAAUAUUCCGCCACUACUCUCUCUCUCUCUCUCUCUCCCCCCUCUGUAGUUCUGAAUCAGAUCCUUUUUUAACCCCAACCAAUUAUUGCUUGCUGGUUAGUUGAACCAAAUGACUCGGCUUUUUCGAUCCAAAUCUUGCGGAGUCGAGGGUCGUACUCAGUUCAACCCGCCUACACCGAGUCCAGUUUUUCAGGAUGUGAAAAAGGAAGACAACGAGGAGAUGGAAGAAGAAGAGGAGGAAGACGAGGACGAGGAGGAAUUAGAGAGUGAAGAUGAUGAAUCAAGGUACCCCGUCUCGACGCCGUUCAUAAACCCUGCCUCGAAAUCCGGCGGAGCGGAAAUUCGAGCUCGGCAAAAUCAGAAUCAAUUUGCGAUAUUGGAUUUGCUGACGGCGGCGCUGAGGAAAUCGCUGGUCACCUGUAGUGUUGAGAGAGAGGACGUUUCUUCCUUGGACAUAAGCUGGCCAACGGAGGUUCGCCAUGUAUCUCACGUUACCUUUGAUAGGUUUAAUGGGUUUCUGGGUUUGCCAACGGAGCUCGAGCCAGAGGUUCCCAUGAGGGUGCCUAGUGCCAGUGUGAGGGUUUUUGGUGUUUCUGCAAAGUCGAUGCAGUGCUCUUAUGAUUACAGGGGAAACAGCGUCCCCACAAUUCUGCUGAUGAUGCAAAAGCGACUGUACUCAGAGGGAGGCCUUAAAGCAGAAGGAAUAUUCCGAAUCAAUCCAGAUAACAGCCAAGAGGAGUUUGUUCGUGAUCAGCUAAACAGAGGUGUAGUGCCUCAUGGAAUUGAUGUUCACUGUUUAUCUGGUUUGAUAAAGGCAUGGUUUAGAGAACUUCCAAGUGGGGUGCUUGAUUCUCUUACCCCAGAACAGGUGAUGCGCUGCAACACAGAAGAUGGCUGUACUAAACUAGAGGAGUUGCUUCCUCCAACAGAAGCCGCACUGCUUGACUGGGCCAUCAAUCUGAUGGCAGAUGUUGUGGAGCAUGAGCGGUACAACAAGAUGAAUGCCCGCAAUAUUGCUAUGGUUUUCGCACCCAACAUGACUCAGAUGGCUGAUCCUUUGACUGCACUAAUUCAUGCUGUGCAAGUAAUGAACUUCCUUAGAACUCUGAUUCUGAAGACCCUUCGAGAAAGAGAGGAAUCAUCUGCUAAUGAGGGGAUGGUUUAUUCUCCGUCCUGCAAAGACGAUCCUGUUCCUCUAGAUUUUAACACCAAGGAAUUGAUCGAGCAAACUGAAGAUGUUAAUGCCAAGAAAUCACCACCUAGAAGUGAGUUGUUGAGUGUUGAGGCGAAACUUAGGACCCCUGAGGAGAAGGGAAAUAAUGCAGAAGAUGGGGAAUUUGUAUCUGUUUCAGGCGGCAGCACGCCUUGUAGAUACGAGACUGGUGCUAUAGAAAAUAGAUAUAGAAGUAAAUAUGAUAGUGAACACUGGCUAAGAUUGAGAAAGGGCGUACGCAAGCUAUGCAGGCACCCAGUAUUUCAACUCACCAAGUUCAAGAAGUCUUCAACUGUUGGCAUUGUAAAUACUAGGGGAAGAGGUGGAGAGGCUUGGGCUUAGAACUAUUUUCAAUUGCCCCUUUUUUUUCCCCCUCCCUUUAUGUGAUUUGAUAUAUACAGAUCAUUGUGUGAGAUUGUGUUCUAUAGUUUAACAUAGCUUCAGCUGUAACUUCUGGUUUGGCUUUUCUAGUAAAUGUAUAAUUUGCUGGGGAUGUUGAGAUGGUACUCUUGAAAGUUGUGUAUCAAAUGAUUAGCUUAGAAAAUGUUUUAGUUUCUGACACAAUAAAAUUAGAGCUUUACUUUAA